UCCCUACAGAGCUGCCCCUCCCAGCAAUCAGGCUCAGAAGAAAAUGGCCUGUCACCCACGAAGAUCACCCAGAGGGCGGAAUACAUCCCAUGUCAGAGAACCUUUCCGGCAGAUGGUCGAGGCCGGUGAGGCCCUACUGGCCUCCCACACGUGGCCUCAGCGUGAGUUCUUCCUCCCGGAUGAGCCCUGGGAAUGGCCUGGCUUCACCCGGCAAGCCUACCACCAGCUGGCCCUGAAGCUGCCACCCUGCACAGACAUGAAGUCCAAGGUACACCACCGACUAAUCCACCCGUGGAAGGAUACAACGGAGCACACGUGGGGCUUCCACACGUGGCUCGACGUGGGGCGCUUGCCGGCUACCUUCCCCGCCAGGCCCGACAGGCCCUAUGACAGUAAUGUCUGGCGCAGGCUGACCAACUCCAGGGCUCACUGCCGCCCCCCAACGGAGCCCCCCAUUCCCCCUCCCUCCUGGAUGGGUCAAAACAGCUUUCUGACCUUCAUCUGCAGUAAUCCUCCUAUCUUCUUGGAUGCGAAUAGGAAGAGCCAGGUGAUGUUCAGGACAGCGAAGGAACUAAGAGAGAUGGAGAAACUCAAACUGAGGAGUGAAGCAAGGGCACCUCCACUUGAUGCCAAUGGCAACAUCCUGCCCCCAAAGAACUUCAAGAAGUACCGACACAUCUCAGCUGGUGGGAGGUUUGAACCCCUCGGCCUCCAGCUCCUGCCCAACCCACUUCCCGAUGAUUCUGCCAGGGGCUGGCCAUGCCCGAAUCCUCUGCCUCAUUAUCGGGAGAAUGCGCUCAAGUUGGCUUUGCUCCCCAGUGCGCCGCUAGACCAGGACCUCGUGAGAAGCUACCAAACCCUGAUAGAGGACCGGGUGCUCUUGCCCCUCCACCAUCUCCCCAAAGCACAACCCAGCCAAGACGUAGCGAGGAAGAGAAAGAGAAGAGCUGGACACACCUAGAAAAGCUUCCAGAUGGGUGGGGACCAUGGUGGGCAGACAGAACCCCAUUCUCAACCAAUGUGCCGUUAGCAAGAAGCCUUUGGGGUGGCUGAAGGACUCUGGCUUCUGCAGAACACAGCCUGUCCGCCAUCCCCCCAACUUCAAGCCACCUCUGUAGCCCGGGCUCCUCACGAAUCUACCGAAACCCUAAAUUGUUCUCUGUCCUCCUUGGAGGACUCUU